AUGGCUAAUAGACAAGUUAGGCCUGUUACAACUUCAAGGCCAAGUUCAACAAUUUCUGAAGAUUUGGUUUAUAAUUACGCUCUUCGUAUUGCUUACUUAUCUUAUUUAACUGAACCUAAAGUUUCAAAAGCUCCAAAGACUACUCCCCCUCCCGUUCCUGUAAAUAUCGGUACAACAAGACCGCUUAUCGAUGUUAAUCCAAAACGUCAUAAUCCUUCAAAUUCAACAACAUCUAAUAAAAACUCUCUAGAAUCUAUUCAUAAUCAUGUCGUUUCUCAUUUUACCAACUUACAUGAUAUAUUUAAAGACGAUAAGAAAGGCUCAACAAAGAAAAUUCCAAAAGAAUUGUUAAAGGUAUUACAAUCAACAUUACAAUUCAUAAUUUCUGGCCAAGAUCCAAAUCCAGUUUAUAAAGAUCCUUUAUUAAAAAAAAACCUUGCCACAUUUUAUCAAGAAAUAUCUCAGCCAAGUUUUCGUCAUCAACUAAAAACAAAUAAUAGCAAAGUUGAUGAUAUUGUUUUAUUGUUUCUCAAAACUGCCCAGAAUGAUCUAAAGCAAGCAAAAUUACCACCAAAUAAAGUUUGGCAACUUGAACUUACUGAACAAGUCAGUAUAUUUGUUGGCAUAUUAUCAAAAUGUUUACAGUCAAAGGAAUGUGUUAACUCUUCUACUCCAGAAAUAUUAUCUCGUUUAGAAAUUUAUCAUUCAAAAGUUUCACAUCCACAACAACCAACUCAAUCAUCAAAUACUUCUGCCUCAAACAAUGUUGAUGAAAUAGAUGAAAUGUCACUUGUAAAAACUGUACAAUAUAUUUUUAAUGUUCCUAUUGACAAGUUAAAAUCUGACCUUGAAAAAAUAAAAAGUACUUGUAAUGAACAGGCUGCAUUAGAGGAUUUAAAAAAUUUAAUCAACAAUGUAAAUCGAAAUGAUCCUUUUCCUGCCUGUAAAGAUGAUUUUGAAUCAAAUGAUGCUUACAAUAAUUGGAAGGCUAUUGAACUUAAAACUAUCUCGGAUAUAAUAGCUACAAUGGUUAGAUUUAAUCCAAACUUGGGUCCAAAGGCUUCCAAAGAGGUUUUGACUACACUUUUAACAAGUGGUUCUAAUCCUUCCAAAAGAUCUUCUUCUCCAAAUUCAUUAUCUUCAAAUCCAAACAGAUCAACAUUUUCUGGUGUUCCUGUCAAUCCUGAUAUUCUUAAUGAAAAGUUUGAUCAAAAAAACCAACGUUCAUCUACACCACCUGGCCAAUUUCCUCAGCAUUAUCAAAAUACUUCAUUCCAGCCACAACAUCCUCAAUUUUGCCAACAACAACAGUUAUAUAGUCAACAACAACAGCCAUAUCCGCAAUAUGGUCAACAUCAACAACAACCAUACCCACCAUAUAAUCAACAACAACAACAGCCAUACCCACCAUAUAAUCAACAACAGCAGCAGCCAUACCCACCAUAUAAUCAACCGCAGCAGCCAUACCCACCAUAUAAUCAACCACAGCAGCAGCAGCCAUACCCACCAUAUAAUCAACCGCAGCAGCAGCAACCAUACCCAUCAUAUAAUCAACAGCAACAGCAGCAACAACAACAGCUACCAUAUAAUCAACAGCAACAGCAGCAACAACAACAGCUACCAUAUAAUCAACAGCAACAGCAGCAACAACAACAGCUACCAUAUAAUCAACAACAACAGCAGCAACUUCAUACAUAUGGCCAUUCUCCAUCAUCUAAUACUCCAUCACAACAUAAUCAAAAUUGUAAUAAUGAUGAGUCGAGUAAUCAAUCUGAAACAUUCAUCUAUAUUCCUUUAACACCUCGGCUUUAUUACAAAUCAUUGAUGAAUAAAUGUAUAGAAUAUGAAUUGUCUCAUCGUUCAGAAGAAGAUAGUUCUCGUAAAAUUCUUUCAAAAAAUACUUUGACUUUGUUAAAUGUAUGUGCACUUCAUUGGAGAGUUUCUCCGGUAUUUCGUUGGCUACAAUAUCUUGAUGUUAUUAGGUCUCGUUAUGAUGCUGAGGAUCCCCUUAUAUCAUUAGAACACAUCAGAGAAGGGAUUCAUUUGUUGAAAGAAGCUACAAAACUACGAGAUGUUUCAACCUGGACAAUUUCUGAUAAAAAAGAGCUUGUGGAAGUAUACAUCGGAAUUCACAAUUCUUUGCUUGAUUGGUUGAAAGAAGCAUUGGGCAAAGAAGGGUUGAUUAAAAUAAAAACAUCUCUAUUUGAACCAGUUUUCUUCCUGCUGGGUACUAUUUAUGAUAAUGAGCUGUUUCAUGCUGCUUAUCCUGACACUUCUGCUUUCUAUAAUGAACUACGGGAACGUAUUAGGAAAGUUGCAUUUGAUAUAUAUCAAGAAAAACGAAAUGAAAUUUAUGGUCAACAAGUUGCAAAUGAAGUUCAAACAUUAAUUAUUUUAGCUAGAUGGAUUCAAGCGGAAAUUGAUAAACUUUCCAAAAAGUAUCCAGAACCAUUGAUGGGCCAGUUGGAAAUUCUCAGCUUGGUGGUCGAACAACAAGCACCACUUUUAACAUUAGAUCUGGAGAAUGCAGGUGCUGAUAUUAUGAAAAAAGUAAGGAUGACACCAGAAGAAGGUAUUCCUGUUGAUGAUAUUAUUGAACUUUACAGGGAGAUUCUUUCAAUCAAAAUAUUAUAUGAACAUCAUUGUAAUGGGUCUAAAUUUGCCUUUGGAAUUGAAGCAUGGUUUGGACCUUAUAUCAAAAAAUGGCUGGAUGCCACAAACAAUAAGACACCUGAAUGGGUUCAUUCUGCUAUUGAUGUGGAUAAAUCUGCAAAAUUUAUGACUAAUCUAUCCAAGAUUAUUAGUAAAGCAUUAGAACAGUAUUGUUCUGUAAUAGAAGAAAUUUAUCAAAAUGAGAUGGCAGUGAUUAAGGAUCCUGAACAAGAAACUUCAAAGCAAUCUGCUUGGUAUGUCAAUGUGAAAACCGCAAUAGCUACCCAAAAAUCUUGUAUUAAAUUGAACAAUAUUGAAGCCGCAUGUGAACAACUAGAUAAAUUGUACGACUCAAUGGGUGUUGACUAUUUAACACAAAUUCUUAAUGAGUCAACUCCUCCAACUCUGGAGCCAGUUGAAGUACCAAAAUAUUUUUAUACUAUCAAAAUUGUUAUGGCUGAAAACUUGGCAGCACUUGACAAUAAUGGAUUAAGUGAUCCUUAUUGUAUAAUUAGUGAUAAAGAUAAUAAUAUUUUAGCGCGGACACGUGUAGUUUAUGAAAGCUUAAAUCCUCGUUGGGAUGAGGCAUUCGAUUUAACUAUUGAUUCAACUGAUCAAAAUUGGCUUACAUUAACAAUCUGGGAUAGCGAUCAAGUUAGUUCGGAUGAUGAAUGUGGAAAAACCUAUUUUAAGCUUGAUCCUCAAGACUAUAGUGAUUAUUUAGCUCAUGAUAUAUGGCUUGAUCUGGAUCCUCAAGGUCGUAUUUUUUUACGUAUUAGCAUGGAAGGCGAAAAGGAUGAUUUGCAGUUUUAUUUUGGAAAAACAUUUAGAACACUAAAACGAGCACAUGAUGAUAUGGCAAGAACUAUUAUGUCUCCAUUUUUGCGACAAUGUUUAUCACGUGAAGUGAUUAAUAGAUUAUUAAGGCCUUCAGCCAGCGCUUUUAAACAUUUUUUUCGUGAAUCAGAUGUACAGGCGAAGAAAUCAGAUUUAGAAAUCGAACAAGCAAUACAUCCUUUGUUUGAUUAUUUUGAUGUAAAUUUGAAGACACUCUUUCAUUCAUUACAUCCGGCUGUGUUUAAAAAGGUUAUGACAAGAGUUUGGAAGGAAAUAGAAACCAUUAUUGAGGAAAUUCUAAUUCCUCCAUUAUCUGACAAGCCUUCAGAUUUAAAACCACUUAACGACGAAGAAUUAGAAGUUGUCUAUAAAUGGUUAAAGUUUUUGGGGGAUUAUUUACAUGCUAAUGGAAAUGGUGUUUCAAAGGAAGAAGUCCUUUUUAAUCUAAAAUAUCAUGAAAUAAUGAAAAUACAAUAUUAUUAUGUGAUGGACAAAGAAUCACUCAAGCAAGAUUUUCUUCAAAUAAAAAUUACCAGUUCAUUAAAUCCUAAAAAAAAAAGUCUUAGUGCGAGUAAAUCUGUCCUUCAUCAACGAAAUCUUGGUACAAUUAAGCAUCGCAAAUCAGAAAAACGUAAGCACAAUCAACAUGAUGACGGGGAAAUUAUUCUUAGAAUUUUGAGGAUGCAUCCGGGUACAAAAGCAUUUUUGAAAGAACAAAUGGAAGAAAGAGCUAAAAAAAUACAAUCCAAAAUUACUCCUGUAGUAGAAGGGGGAGUCGAUACUAUAGCAGAAAAUUGA